AUUUGUGAGCUGUCCUCUCAACAUUAUGCCUUCUUAUUGGCUAAAUAUGUCCUCGUCUGCCAAUUGUAAUUAGAGAAAAAACGUUUUGUUCCGGUUUGGGUUUUCUUUCCGGAGUGGCUGCUCAAAUUUAGCCAGGGAGCAUGUUAGCAAAUUUAGCUGGUGACAAACCUAAAACUUAUUGAUUUCCGUGUUUAAUUCCAACGAUGUUUUGUUUUCUCUGAAAAGCUGAAAAGUGAGGAAGGUGGCAGAGGAAAGAUUUAGUGUCCCUUCAGAGUUUAGAGGAGAAGCAGCACAAGAUGAUAGAACCAGAACUCUUGACCGAGGUACCCGCUUCACUAAAGCGUCUUGCCAAGAUGGUGGUGAGGGGUUUCUACGGGGUGGAGCAUGCCUUGGCCCUGGAUGUGCUCAUUCGCAACCCGUGCGUCCGCGAGGAGGACAUGCUGGAGCUUCUCAAGUUUGACCGGAAACAACUGCGCUCCGUACUCAACACGCUGAAAGCUGACAAGUUUGUCAAGUGUCGUAUGAGAGUGGAGACGGCCCCUGACGGCAAGACGACUCGACAUAACUACUAUUUUAUCAAUUACAGGGUCCUGGUAAACGUGGUCAAGUACAAACUGGAUCACAUGAGACGUCGUAUAGAGACUGAUGAACGUGACUCCACCAAUCGUGCCUCGUUCCGGUGUCCCUGCUGCUUCUCCACUUUCACUGAUCUAGAAGCCAAUCAGCUGUUUGACCCCAUGACAGGUACAUUCCGUUGCACAUUCUGUCAGACGGAGGUAGAAGAGGAUGAAUCUGUGUGUCCUGAUGCCAGGACACUGGUGGCACGAUUUAACGAGCAGAUUGAGCCCAUCUAUGUGCUACUACGUGAGACAGAGGAUGUGAACUUGUCUCAUGAUCUGCUGGAGCCCGAGCCCACAGAAAUCCCCGCCCUCAAGCAGAGCCGGGAACGUAAUGCGGCGGCAGCAGGAAAUGCUGCGGGUGGCGCACACCGGGAAGCCUGGUCCAACAAAGGCUCAUCCUACGCUGACCUUUACACCCAGAAUGUUGUCAUCAAUAUGGAGGAGCAGGACGACCUACAGAAGCAAGCAAGUGAGGGUACAGCAUCUAAGGAGAGGCCCGUCUGGUUGACCCAGAGCACAGUGCAGGGUGCUUACAGCGAGACUGACAUGCUGAAGAACCGGGGAGACACUGCAACCAGGAUCCAGGAUGGAGCAAGUCAUCCCGGAACUGGCCAGGCUGAUGAAAAUGAGGAGGUGAUGCGAGCCCUGCUCAUCCAUGAGAAGCGAGCUGUGGCAGGACCCGGUGGAGGCGGAGCCAACGCUGCCGCCAGGGGGCUGGUGUCUGCCUCGGCCAAUGCCAGCGACUCGGAGAGCGACACCAGUGAAUCCGACGAAGAGGUGCCGUCUGCUCCUCCCCUUCAUGUAGCUGCUGCUGGUCCUCGGCGGGUUGCAGAGGAGGAAGAGGAGGAUGACGACGAUUUUGAGGAGGUGGGAGAUGAGCCGACGGUGACGGUGGGAGGCCGGCCGUUCUCUUAUGGGGAAGUGAGCCAGAGGCCAGAGCUGGUAGAGCAGAUGUCUGCACAGGAGAAGGAAGCCUACAUUGAAAUGGGGCAAAAACUCUUCCAAGACAUGUACUUUUGAAUACACACACUUAAACAUAUUUUUUACAUUUCCCUUUACCCUGCUGCCACUUUUUACUCGUCGCCUGGACGCACUUGUGGAGACACUUAUCAAGAUGCUGCUUACCAAGUAAUUCAAGCACACUUGCUUUGUCAGUGUUGCCUCAGAGGUCACUCUGUGUAUAGUAUUCAUUCCCAAGUAUGUUCUACAUCUUGCAAGCUAGCUAUCUGCAUUUUGUGCCAAUGUGUUUUUCUUUACCUGGUAGGUUAAACAGCUGUUGAGAACCAGUGGUCUUUUUUUCAUGAAAAAGAGAGAUUUUUAAUUAAUACAGCUGUUUACAUGAAGACAAAAAUCUGUCUCAACUUUAUUGUCAUCUCUACAUGGUGGGGCUGUGAAGAGUGAAUCCUGUAUAGUAUAUAUAGUAUGUAGUGCACCUAAAGGCUCAAGUGAUUGCUCAAUAAAAAGAGCAAUGUGUUGUGACA